ACUCCUCCCCCGAAAAGACGGUCAAGCGGGAACUGGAAAGCGACUAGCAUUCUGGAUUGAGCAUGGCAUCGACUGAUGCUUCCUGAUUCGAUCGAGACAUUAUGCUCGGCACGCUAGCCCGCUUUGGGGGCCCUCCCCAGAGGCCCUCGACCGCUGCAGAACUGAAGGAAUUCCUUUGCCUUCCUCACAUUGGCCCCGAGAGACAUCCUCUGAUCCUGUUGAUUUGCUGGUGCUUCCCAAAGUAACCAAUGGAUAGGUUUUUCGCGGGGCAGCAGUUUGAUUGAACCAAGUUACUCCGUCCAGAGUCAGCACCGCAAAUACUCCGAGCCUCCGGCUUCCCGAACUUUAGACUCUUUUUAUUCUCAAUCCGCCCCCUCCCCUCUCCCCUCCUCUCCCCUCUUCUCCCCGCACAAGUUGAAUUUAUCGCUAUCGGAAUCGUAAAGAUGGCGCCUCCUAUCACCAUCGUGCCGUCUCUCGAGACCGCCAGCGAAGUCAUCGCUCAGACAAAGGGCUCGGCUUUCCCCCCAAACCUCCUGCCGUUGACUACGUCGAUCCCGGCCGACCUCUUGACCCCCACAUUGGCAUAUCUCAAAAUCGCGGAGAAAUCGAAAUUGUCGUUUCUCUACGAGAGUGCCGCGACUACCGAGACCAUCGGAAGAUACAGUUUUGUCGGUGCCGACCCCCGGAAAAUUGUCAAAACUGGCCCCGGCCAUGGCCCUGAAUGUGACCCUCUCCCCCUCCUAGAGCAGGAACUUUCCGGAUUCCGUGUUGCGACGGUGCCCGGCUUGACCCUCCCUCCUCUUACUGGCGGUGCCAUUGGAUACGUGGGAUAUGAUUGUGUGCGGUAUUUCGAGCCCAAGACCGCUCGGCCGGUCAAGGAUAUUUUGAAGAUCCCGGAGGCGCUGUUCAUGUUGUUCGACACCAUUAUCGCCUUUGACCACUUCUUCCAGGUCGUGAAGGUCAUCACAUACAUCCCCAUCCCCAACAGCGACUCGGAGCUAGAGGCGGUAUACAGCAAAGGACAAGAGGUGCUCCAGAAGACCAUCGACACUCUUCUUCGCCCCGACUACCCUCUCCCCCCUCAAGGCCCGAUCAUCCAAAACCAGGAAUACACUUCGAACAUCGGACGGGAAGGAUACGAGCGGCAUGUGACGAGACUUAAGGAGCACAUUUCCAAGGGCGAUAUCUUCCAGACUGUACCAUCGCAGCGGCUGUCCCGGCCGACCUCCCUCCACCCCUUCAAUCUCUUCCGCCACCUGCGUACGGUCAACCCAUCCCCAUACCUGUUCUACAUCGACUGCGAAGACUUCCAGCUGGUAGGAGCCAGUCCGGAGCUGCUGGUCAAGGAGGACAAGGGACGAAUCAUCACUCACCCAAUUGCGGGCACGGUGAAGCGGGGCAAGACGCCCGAAGAGGAUGCGGCGUUGGCCAACGAGCUGACCAGCAGUCUGAAAGACCGCGCGGAGCACGUGAUGCUGGUGGACCUGGCGCGCAACGACGUGAACCGGGUGUGCGACCCGACGACGACGCAGGUGGACCGGCUGAUGGUGGUGGAGAAAUUCUCGCACGUGCAGCACCUGGUGUCGCAAGUGUCGGGUAUCCUCCGGCCGGAGAAGACUCGGUUCGAUGCGUUCCGGUCGAUCUUCCCGGCAGGCACGGUGUCGGGAGCGCCCAAGGUGCGGGCGAUGCAGUUGAUUGCAGAGCUGGAGGGUGAGAAGCGCGGCGUGUACGCGGGGGCGGUGGGCUACUUCGGCUACAAUAUUGCCAGCGCUGAUGGGAAGACGGAGGUUCCGGGAGCGAUGGACACGUGCAUUGCGCUGCGGACGAUGAUGGUCAAGGACGGGGUGGCUUACCUCCAGGCGGGCGGAGGCAUCGUGUUCGACUCGGACCCGUACGAUGAAUACGUGGAGACGCUGAACAAGCUGGGGGCGAACAUUGCAUGCAUCAAGGGAGCGGAGGCGAAGUAUCUGAGCCUGGAAGAGGAGCAAAGCCGGGCGUGA